CUUCAGUUUCUUCGAACGUAGUCAAACACGAAGGUUCUCUCCUGGACAAUCGAGUUAUAUUACAUUUUAACGCAAUUGUACACUCGCAUCUCCAGCCUCCUAGAUCGGGCCAGGUCGUUAUCAAAUCACGAUGGCACAACUUGUAAGAGCGAUAUACGAUGGAUACCGAGACUUAAUGGACAACAAGAGCGACCCAAGGGUCAAUAAUUGGCCAAUGAUGAACAGUCCAUUCCCGACCAUUUUCAUCUGUCUAUUUUACGCCUACUUUGUCAAGGUUCUAGGUCCUAAGCUCAUGGAAAAUCGCAAACCUUUCAAUCUCAGGAAGAUCAUGCUAUUCUAUAAUCUCUUCCAAGUGAUAUUAUCCACGUGGUUAUUUUACGAGUCCUUAGUAUCUGGAUGGGGAGGUCACUAUUCGUUCCGUUGUCAACCAGUAGACUAUUCGGACGACCCGCUGGCAAUACGGAUGGCACGUGGCUGCUGGUGGUACUACUUCUCAAAAUUCACCGAAUUCUUUGACACUAUAUUGUUUGUAUUGAGAAAAAAGAACAAUCAUAUUUCAAUAUUGCACGUGAUCCAUCAUGGGUGCAUGCCAAUAUCGGUUUGGUUUGGUGUCAAAUUCACUCCUGGCGGUCAUGGCACGUUCUUUGGAUUGCUAAACACAUUUGUGCAUAUUGUGAUGUACUCGUACUACUUUUUGGCUGCUCUCGGACCGAAGAUACAGCCGUACCUCUGGUGGAAGAAGUACCUGACUGCGCUACAGAUGGUCCAAUUCAUCCUGGUGGUACUCCACGCUUUCCAACUUCUCUUUAUCGACUGCAACUACCCGAAGGUGUUUGUCUGGUGGAUCGGACUGCAUGGCGUCAUGUUUUACUUCCUGUUCCGCAACUUCUACAACCAGUCAUACGGGAAGAGAAAAUCGCCCAACGCGUUAACGAAGAAGGAAACGGAGAGCCAGAACGAGAAGAAACAGCAGAAUGACGUAAACGAGAACGGUAAAAUAUACGCGAACGAAUACAAAAUGGCAACCGGUUAUAUCUCGGACAGUGGCCUCAGAAACCGCGUGUUUAUCGACAACCGCGGUUUCCAAAAAUAAAAUGCUAGCCAUCAGUCUGAAUCGCAUUAUGUGAACAUGAAUUUGUAUUCAACGAAUCCAUCGAUAUAACAUAAGCGGGCAGAUUUUAUCAUCGUACAAUAUCGAGAAUAUCUCGUCAAAGAAUAUAGAAAGGUGAUUGAAAACGUUCGAUUUUCGAUAUCUAAUUUUUCGGAUUCACCAAGUAACUCACCUGUUACCUUCUGCGCGGAUAAGGAUGCGUUUGAAUAUAUUACGAACAGUAGCUCGCUUCCUGUGUGCACUCUGUGUCGCGCGUGUAGAUUGUGUGAUUCUACGAUUUGUGUGAUUCUAUGUGAACGUACAUAUGCAUGAUACGUAUCGGAGAAUGUAUGAGACAGAAUGAUGGCGAUACUCGGCCACACCUAACUGUCAUCAAGCUAGGGUUACGAGAAAUUGCCAAAUUUUUCUUUCUAAGCUCUUAUCGUCUGUCGUGAAACUUUGUAAAUUCGGAACAGAGGUUACUUUGUAUCUGGGGCGUCAGCAACAUGGCAGCGAAACUAAGACCGGUUUCACACGGCGUUACGUGUAUCGUAUGAGACAUAGUAAAUAUACCAUGUAUACCAAUGGAAGCUUUAACAGAAUGGAUUAUAAAGAGAUACAGUAUCGCGAUACUGAUUUCGUGUAUCCCGAGAACGUCGGCCUCUGGCGAUACUUUUUGUACAAAGUUAGCAGAUCAAAGAACGAUCGACGCAGAUGAUCCAUAAGCACAAACGAGACUGUAUAUUUUAUUCUCGGGAUGUGAAACCGGCAGCGCCGGUCUAGUCGUAACGAACAUUACGGACUUCGUUGCGAUUCAGCAACGUUCUUAUUGCUCAAUUCAUCUAACUAAUUAACUUCAAUGUUCUAUUUUCUCCGUGAUUCGUUGUAGAUCUUAGUCACUCGACGGUACACGAGUGAUACGAGCGACAUUUUACCGCGUGAACUCGCUGUGAUCAAAUGUCUUUCCUUCUUUGCUAUAAAGAACAACAGAACCAGACGACUGCAGCGUUAGCGGACGGUAAAAUAUCGCCCAUGGAGUUCCCGUGUCAUUAGAACUAUACGUUCUAUCGCGAAUGCAAAUCAAUCUCAGAACUAAAUAUUGCACGCGAGCAAUCGACAAAUCGGAUCGCUUUUGUUGUUGUUGUUGUUGUUGUUGUUGUUGUUGUUGUUGUUAAAUGUAUUCAACGAAUAUUGUUUUGACUAAAUUUUGUAGAUCUUUCGAGAAAAAUGUAUCUUGGUAAAGAAGCGCUAUUUUGGCAUUAGAAACUUUGUGAUCAACAGUCGAACGAACAGUUGAAAUUGCAUGGUAUCGUAUCUCGAUUGCGAUUACCUGCUUUUUCGAAUAUGGUUAGCUUGUUUUAGUUAUUAAGUAUUCUGUACCAUCGAUUUCUGCAACAAGCGCGAGUUAUAGAUUGAGAACAUUAGAAUGCGAGUGUUGGCACACAUUACUAAUUUCUUUAUAAUUUGAUAUCUUUUCCCUUAAGAGUUUACUGUGAUAGUUACUGGCCGACACACAUAUCCGUUUACAAUCAGAUAUUGAUUGAUCUAAUAAGAAUGUAUACACAAGCGUUCUUUAUUAUCCGUUUAUAAAAGAAAAAAAGCGAUUCGAGAGACGUCGAUUGAACAAUACGAAGUGGAUAUAUAUUCAAUGCAUAGAAUAAGUAAAUUUGUACAAUACAGACUAAUAGUAACAAAUGAGAGAUGUAUUUAUUUUAUGAUUAAAUUGUGUGAUUUUUAAUGAACAAA